CUUUACAUAAGGCCAGAUAAAGACUGAACCAUUCCAUGUGAUUUCUUGCAAAGGGAGACAAACACACUUUCAUAGUUUUGAAGUACUUCAACAGAGCGGUCAUGUUCAGAGAAAUUGUAUAUUUAGCCUUGGCAGCUGUUGUUUUUGGAUUUCCAUGGUUUAGAAAUGAUAUUCCAAAUGGUAAUAAUGUACCAGAUCCUUGCAGCGGACAGACUGGUGAGAUAUGGAAAGGAGUAGGACACGACCAGGCACCAGGUGGAGGGCCUAGAAAUCAAUUUGGACUGGACUUUAAGGGCGCUAUAUUUGAAUGGACAAAAGAUUUGUGUCAAAAAGAUUCAGACCAAGAUGGUCGUACAAAUGGUGAAGAACUUGGAGACCCUGAUUGUACAUGGAAAAAAGGUGGAACUCCUAGUGCCGCUGCAUCUGGUCACCCAGGUAUUUGUGAACCACUGAGUGAUCCAAAAUGUGCCACAGUAAAUAAAAAAAUAAAAUGUCCAUCAACAUCGAGCACAGGGAAAUGGUGCCUAUUUGGUCAUUGUGUGUAGAAGUUUCCUCGGAAUGGAAGAAUCAAUAUGUCUUUAGAACAUGUAGUUUUUUGUUAGAUAGAAUAUAUAUAUAUUUUAAACUGUAA